UAGUUAUCAAUUUAGGUUUUACAGUAGAAAAUUUUUCUGUUUGGUUAAGAUUUCCGAUCGAAUAGGGGAUUUCUUAUCGCUUAGAAUUAUUGCUUAGGUUUUGAUUUUGGGUUUGAGUUUCCUUUUUUUCAAUCGAAGUUUGUCUCUCUGAAAUUUUGGUUUUUUGUUUGCGGUAAUGGCGUCAAUGCAGUCGAUAUCAACUGCUUUAGAAUCCGCUAAUAAGAAAAAAGAAAAUCUUCGUAAAGCUUUCGAAGAUCUUCAAUCUCAUUCAUCUUUUCUUUCUUCUUUUGUCCUUCAAUGGAAGGAUUUAGAAGAACACUUUCAAUCGAUACAGAAAUCGAUUGAUGAACGUUUCAAUGAGCUUAAAUCGAAAGAGAAAGUAUCAUCAAUGAACGGAUCACAAUCACAAUCUCUUGAUAAACAACUAGUUGUUGUGAAAGAGGAGAAAGAAUUAGAUAAUAAUUCUGAAACCAUUGUUCCUCGUCCUGAAUUCAAGUCUCUCUGUAGUAAUAUGAAUGGUAUAGGGUUAAGAACAUAUAUUAUGAACAAUCGUAAAGAUGUUAGUGCUAUUCAUGAAGUUGGUGCUGCUCUUAAACUUGCACCUGAUCCAGCAAAACUUGUUUUAGAUUCAAUGGUAGGGUUUUUUGUCCCAAAUUCUAAAGGUGAUAAAGAUGGAGAAGUGGCAGCUACGAGAAGAACUUGCAUUCUUCUAUUGGAGAAAUUAUAUGAUAUUUCUCCACAAAUUAAACCUCAAAUCAAAGAGAAAGCAAUGCAAGUGGCAAUUGAGUGGAAAGGAAAGCUUUCUAAAGGAGAGGAUAAUCCUUUAGAACGAUUAGGUUUUUUGCAACUGUUAGCAACUUAUCACCUUGUAUCUUCUUUUGAUGCAAAUGAGCUUAUUGAUUUAGUUGUUUCUAUUGCAAAGCGAAAGCAGGCGAUUGAUUUAUGUCGUUCUCUUGGCUUCACAGAUAGAAUUCCAGAUCUCAUCCGUAAACUUAUUGAGAAAGGAAGACACCUUGAAGGUGUCAAGUUUGCUUAUGCGUUUGAACUGGUGGGAAUGUUUCCGCCAAUACCCCUUCUAAAAUCAUAUAAAAAACAUGCAAAGAAGCUCGCUGACGAUGUACGGCAGAAAGGAAAUCAAUCUCUUCAAGCGCAGAAUGAGGCGACAGCCAAACAAAUCUCUGCCCUCAAAGCUAUAGUCAAGUGCAUUGAAGAGCACAAACUCGAAGCUGAAUACCCACGUGAGGGGCUAGAUGUUCAUAUUUCACAAUUGGAAAAGCAAUUAUCUUCAAAGAAAAGAGCAACUAAUGUCCCAGCAGCUGUUGGUAAGCAACUACAGAAACAACAGGCACAACCACCACAACAACAUUCAGGAAACAAGCGUAGUGGCACAACAGCUGGUUCCAGUCAACAACAACAUACAGGAAAUAAGCGUUCUCGAGGACCACCAUCGUCUCAGGCUUUACCUUCCAGUGCGAAGAGUGUUGGUGUUCCACCUAGUCAAGCUGACUACUAUGAACCACCACCUAGCCAAGCUGAGUAUUAUCACCCUUCUAGCAUGUUAUUACAUGGCCAAGAUAGAGUGUCACCAUACCUUGGUGGCGCCCUUUCAUCGGCUCACCACUACAGUGUAGGCCCUUCAUCGGCCCACCAUUAUAGAGAUUUGUCUGGUUCCCAGUAUUCGGGUAGUUCAGGUGCACCGGGGCCUUAUGGUGCUGGGUCUAGUUCACUCAAUUAUGGGCUAAACCUAAGCCCAUCUAGGUCCCAACUUUAUUCGUUUGAGCAUCAUCUUUCAAAUGCUCUCUAUGAAAGGUCAGUGGCGGCUGCUCAUGGUGGGGCUGGUGGUCCUCAUGUUUUGCCGCCAACUCAUCACCACUCCGCAGCAGGUUUUAAUGUUAAGGGUUUACCCCCAACUAGCCAUCCGUCUUACUAUCCUUGAGCGUUCUGCGGGCUUCUAUAGUUUCAGUGUAUAGGAGUAUUUAUUAUGUCAGCGUGACUGCCUUCUUAUGAAUGGAGCUAUGGCGAUUUUCUUGCUGCCAAUAAAAUCGUUGUAUAUAUGAAUGCUCUUUGAAACUGAGUGACUUGCAUAUUAGAGUUUUAUUAGAAUUUGAACUUCAACAUUUUCAUCGUUACAGGGUGAAGUACUGUUCUCUUUUUGGAUCAUGUUUCUGGUACCCUAGUUAUUUGAUUACUUUCUGCUCUAAACCUUUGUUAAUAGUUA